CGUCCCGGCAUGCCCCGCGAGAGGAAUCCUCGCACCCUGUAAUGGCGGCCAUCGAGUAAAAGCUCUUCUCUCUGCGAACACAGAUGGACGACGGCUCGACUGGCAACCCGCACGCAGUGCCACCGGGCUCUAACCAACCCGGGAUGAUUCCCAACAAACCACAGACUCUCCAAGACGAGCAAUCGCAGCAGAACAAGUACUCCAUACCGGGUAUUCUACACUUCAUCCAACAUGAGUGGGCCCGCUUUGAGAUGGAGAGGGCGCACUGGGAAGUUGAACGCGCAGAAUUACAAGCCCGGAUAGCUUUUUUACAAGGAGAAAGGAAAGGUCAGGAGAAUUUGAAGAGAGACUUGGUCCGGAGGAUAAAAAUGUUAGAAUAUGCCCUCAAACAAGAGAGAGCAAAAUACCAUAAGUUGAAAUACGGAACAGAACUGAACCAGGGAGAGAUGAGACCACCGACACCUCCUUCAGAUGAAGAGAGAGAAACAGACUCCCCCUUGUCCCAGAACAGUCAGGUGACCUGGAGACAAGGCAGACAGCUCCUCAGACAGUAUUUACAAGAAAUAGGCUAUUCAGACACCAUAUUAGACGUGAGAUCGAAUCGCGUGCGGACGUUGUUGGGCCUUACGCCAAACGAGUCCACCAAACAGGACGGGGAGGCGGGGGAGGUCCUGGUGAACGGUGAACAGGAGAGGGAAGCUCGCAGAGAUGCCGACAGGAGGCCAGCAGAGAAGAAGCGAGCGGGGAUACCAGAGAUCGACAGCGAGGCGUCGGUGUUGGCCACGUUUGACUUCCUGUCGUCGGAGGCCGUGGACGACGAGGACGAGGAGAACCUGAGCGACGGCGAGGAAGAUGGCGGCGCGGCGGAUGAUGAGUCAGAAGAUCGAGAGCAGAGGAGGAGGAGGGAAAAGGGGAAAAAGGCACUAGUACAGAUGAUGGAGAAUGAGAGCCUGGCAGGAAUGGAGGAUGUACUGGCGGACCCGGAGACAGAAGAGGCCCUGGCAGAGUUUGACUUCCUGGUAUCAGAGGCAGGCGAGGGUGCAGGUGAGGCCAAGAGCACAGACGGUGCCGAGUGGGGGCUAGAUAAGUCCCCCACAACAGAAGAAUGGGCCAUGGACAAGAACCUACUGAACAAACUCAAGGAGGAAUUCAAGAAAGAACGUAAGAGCAAGAAAGGAGCUAAGCGCCCCAACCGCUCAACACUCCAGGCCAUGUUGGCGAACCUGGGCGGGGACGAUGACAUCGUCAUGCCGGCUGGUGGGCCACCCCGGACCGCAAUCAACAACCCCGACCUGGGGCCACUGGACGAACCAAGGAAAGAAGGCCCCAGAAGAGCAGUUUUAGGGGUAGGUGGGCCGGAGGAGGAAUCGUUGGAAGCAGCGCUCGGACUUGGCGACCUGGCAGGACUGACCGUAACAAAUGAAGCGGAACCUCUUCAGUACGAUGUAGCAGCAACAAAAGAAGCAUUUAGGAAAACAUGGAAUCCAAAGUACACAUUAAGAAGUCACUUUGACGCGGUCCGUGCGCUGGCAUUCCAUCCCAUCGAGCCUGUCCUGAUCACCGCGUCAGAAGACCACACCCUGAAGAUGUGGAACCUCCAGAAAACGGUUCCAGCCAAAAAGAGUGCCUCACUAGAUGUGGAGCCCAUCUACACAUUCAGAGCACACUCGGGCCCAGUGACCUGCCUGUGUGUGAGCUCCAAUGGUGACCAGUGUUACAGUGGCAGCACAGACUCCACCAUUAGAUGUUGGAACAUCCCCAGCCCCAACAUUGACCCUUAUGAUGCUUUUGACCCCACAGUACUUGGACAAGCUCUGGUGGGACACACGGACGCCAUCUGGGGCGUGACCAUCCACUCCGUCAAACAGCAACUCCUGUCCUGCUCCGCCGACAGCACGGUGCGGUUAUGGAGCCUACAGAACAAGUCCCCGCUGCUCAACACAUACACUGCCGAGAAGGAUGACGGAGCUCCCACGUCCGUGGACUUUGUGCGGUGUGAGCUGAGUCAGAUGGUGGCGGCGUACAGCUCCUCGGUAGCCGUGCUGUACGAUCUGGAGACCGCCCAGCCGGUCGCCAAGCUGGACGCCAGGCAAGGCUCAGAUUCGGGUGUGUCGUCCCAGAUCAACAGAGUGGUGGCUCACCCCACCCUGCCCAUCACCAUCACAGCGCACGAGGACAGGCACAUUAAGUUCUUUGACAACAAUUCAGGUAAGAUGGUGAACACCAUGGUGGCUCACCUGGAUGCAGUGACCAGCCUGGCUGUGGACCCCAAUGGGCUCUACCUGCUGUCAGGAAGUCACGACUGUUCCAUCCGCCUGUGGAACCUGGAUAGCAAGACCUGUGUACAGGAGAUCACCUCUCAUCGCAAGAAGUUCGACGAAUCCAUUUUCGACGUGGCGUUCCACCCUUCGAAGCCAUACAUAGCCAGUGCAGGAGCGGACGCCCUGGCCAAGGUGUUUGUAUGAUGUCUACAGGUGCACUACUGUUUGAUGGUCUGUUUUUAGCAUCACCUGUAUAAAUAUGGGUACUUCCUGUCUAGAACUGAGCCACAGCAUCCCUACUUCCUGGUCGACAGAGCUCCGAAGUGACGUGUGUUGUGGAGUGAGAGAAAUGGCACCCCCUUUUACCAGCUUUUUUUAUAUAUUUGGCAAACAUAUAAUGUACUUCUUUCAAGACUUUUAGUCCUACAUGUGCUAAGGGUAGUGUAAUUUUAGAUUGCCAGCGUCUGUCAAGGUUUGCAGUGUUCUGGAAAUGAUCCUGAAAGAUGUAAACUGACGUUAGCACCCAAUGAAAUGUUAGAAGAUGGACGUAUAUGAUGAAAUGUGACUCUGCACUAAAGGAAGUGGGGAUGGCUUGCUGGUUUGUGUGCAGAUGUGGUAGUUCUGAAAACAAAAAACAGGGAACAAUUCCAAUUGUUAAUACAGCAAAAAAAAAAUAAUGAAUAUAGUACAAAAAAAAUUGGUCAAUGCCUCAUUUGACUUGUUGUGAACAGUUCUUGCACAUAGUACCUGCUUUUUAAUGUUGAGAUAGAUUUUUCAUUAAUUUUCUGGAGUGUCUGUUUUCUGACACUUGCGGACACUCAGAUGCAGUUGGCUUUUUUUGUUUUUUAAGGUAGAAGAUUUGUCCCAAAUUUGUAAAACUUUGUAAACCAGUGCUAGUCUCUACAUGGGUUAUAAGGUAUAGCAUGUGUAACUGUACAGGGAAUUCCAGCUUACGGUGGGCCUGGCUUCCAACAUUUUGUGGCAGAGAGAAUGGAGAAGUACUCAAAAUUCCCAUCUUGUUUGUCUCUGUAAUUCCAAUAUUAGAACUCCCAAAACGCCAGGCGUCUACAUGUACCCACGACACACCCCCUUUCCCCAGCCCCCCUCAAUUCUUUCCUUUUACUGUUCAGGACAAUUCUUCCACUGGAAUGGACAAAUGAAAGUAGAAUUGUGCAGUGAUAUUGUUGGAACCAUCCCCCAUUCCAAUCAAAUUUUAAAGUGUUGUAUGUGUAUUCAAAUGGUUUUUGGCCACACCUCGGGGGCGGGGGUAAUUUACAGCCUACUAGGAAAGGCCUUGAGGAAGCAAGUCUGCCUGGCGGUUAUGGAAGUUCCCGAUUGUUCGCUCAAAUGUCCGUGAAGUGGUCGAGGUUCUAUUACUCGUAGGUGCAUUUCUGUAGGUAGCCAUGUGUACUAACAACGGAAUGUAUGAUCCAUAACUGCCAAAGAAAUGUUGCUCAUUUAUGACAUUAAGAUACUCAGAAGCAAAAAACUGUAGGUAUUUUUAUAUAAAAUUUUUGGGAGACUCUGUUGAUCGAGCAUUACUGCAUGCAUGCCUGGUGUGUUACACAUGGACCAUAAUAUGACCUAACGCAUGCCAGAAAGGACCAUGGGAGUAACAAUAGGGUUGCCAUGACAACUGAAGUGCACACAAUCAUGUGAAAAGAUUGACGUUGUCCAAAAUGUCUGUAAGGAGGAAGAGGGUCGCAAAUCAUUAUAAUUUGAUAUUAUUACGACUAUGUAAUUUCACUAAAAUGGGCAGUAGUACUUGUAAUAAUUUUUUUCACUGUUCUUUGUAGACGUGGAUUGAUUUGGGGGUAACUAAUGAUAGCUAUUUAUUUCUUAAAUUGUAUUUCUUGUACUGACUAGUCAUUAAAGGCUCUGAAAGUACAUCCUAUGAUGUCAUAUGAUAUCCAUAUAUACGAGUCUUCCUUAAAUAGAUAACUCCGACAGGUAGCGACAGGACCAUCCCUGUUACAUGCCUUAAUUAAUUAAUUACUGUAUCAUGUGCGUCACGAUCACAACAAGGAGUUGCUUAGAUCUCACAUGCAACAUCAAGCUCAAACUUCCCCUUUGCUGUACUGUGAAGAGGCCCAGCCAUAGAACAUUUGCAGCCUGAUUUAACAUCAACUACGGAGUGUCAGUUAGAGCAGGCACAAGGUAAACAAUGCAGAAUCCCUGGCUCCUGAGACCCCCUUUUCCACUAGACUACAAUCCAUGAGUGACCAAAAUCGAAUUUUUGCAACCUUUAGUUUUAUUUAUCAAAAUAUGAUUCGUGAUGAACAUGUACAUUCUAAAUGUGUCAUGUAAAAGACAACAAUAUAACUUCUUCUUUGUAAAUGAAAUUCUUUCAGCAACCUUUGAUGCACAACAUACAUGUACAUGCAAAAGUAUUGUGUGAAAGACAACAAGACGCUAAAAAGACUUUCCUUAAAAUUCAUUGAGCAAUUUGUGAAACGUUUGGGCAGUUGCAGCCACUGGUGGAAGGGCGGGUGAUAGAGUGAGUGUACCACAAGGCAUGGUGCUGGGCGUAUAAUACUACUUGUCACAGGCAUCUGGAAGAAUAAGUUUUCCAGUUGGUGUGGUCAGAAUUGAAUGUUACCCAGAUGAAACGUAACCUGGAAGGUAACUGAGCAACCUAUGAGUUCCAUCACCAUUGUGCUAGGUCAAGUUACUUUUUAUAGGCUCUUAAGGGAAUGUACACCAAUUUGAUUUCCUGGUUCUCAGAUUCAUCAGUGUUUUUAUUUAAUGUAAAGAAAUUAAUGAUGAUCAUGAUGUACCAUGUAUUAAAAAAAUCUUAGAUAAAUUUAAACCCCAAAAUACUCAUAUUUUAUUACCAACCGUUAAAGAAAGUCCUUGUCCUUCUUCAUAUUGUAUUGCAAGGCAAAACUAUUUGUUUUUACAAUCGUUCACUUAUUGUUCACAAACAAGGUGUUGAUUUUGUGUGUCUUUUCCAUUCGUUCAUUUUGUAAAGCAAGUCAAAAUGUAACUUUUUUACAAUGAUCACUUUUAGGGUGUGAUUUUGUGGUGCAUUAACUUCAGGCUCUCACUUGAGGCCUUUUUGUUCCUCCCACCUUAUCUACUGAUUCCCUGCAAUAAUCUGAGAGCCAAGAAAUAUCAAAUUGGUGUUGUCUUAUUUUAGUACAAUUAGUUAUGCUGAGAAUACUAAGAGCAUUGUAAUGCUUUCAACACACCUUCACCAAGUCUUAGAAAUGAUAUUAUGAACCGACUCUUCCAAUUGUAAUCAAACAGAAUUUGAGGUAAGAUAACCUUACAGACUUAUAGGUCAUAGUACCUUUUUAAAAUUGAGUAUAUGAAAUUUGUACCACACUUCUCCGAACUAUGGAAAUUUCAUCUGUCGAAUGUACAGAAAAGAUUGUUCACAGGUCUGGCUGUUAGGCACAUAUGGAAGUUAAGUAUUUUGUUGCACCUGUCUAUGCAGUAUGUAUCAGUUUGUUAUUUUGCUCUGAACAUGGGAAACCUGUAUAUUAAAACAUGGCAUUGUCCUCCAUUCAAGAG